CCCCCGAGAACACAGCUGCCCAUUCAGAUGCCCUGUCUCUGCGCCACCCUGCCCGUUCCUAGCACACACCGUCCACUCCUACACACUGGAUAUACAAGAUGGCUGCUAGUUCUGGACCGUUUUUUCCCCGCCGUUGGAUCCUCGUCCUCCUAACAUUUUCAGCCAGGUGUUCAGUGUCAGCAUUCAAGGUGAUGGAAGGUGCUACUGCGACAUUGUCCUGUCAGUAUUCAGUGAGCCGUUUGGGUUUGAGCCGCGUGUGCUGGGGGCGAGAAUGUGGCACGUUCUGGUGCAACAACAUCCUCGCGCAGACAGACAAACAUGGCGUCAUCUCCAAGGUGUCGGACAGGUAUAGACUGGCAGGUGAUGUCCUCGCGGGAGAAAUGGACUUGGGAAUUCUCGAUGUCAAGCGGACAGACAGUGGGCCAUACUGUUGCAGAGUGGACAUAGAUGGCAUUUUCAAUGACAAAAAAAUAAUUCAAAACUUAAGGGUCAUGAAAGCUCCAGUGACUGUUUUGCCAACAAGCACCACUGUACAUGUUACAGAAGCUCCUCCUACCACAGAACACUGGAGAGCUGUUGAGUCAUCACAUCUAGCCAUUCCAAGACAGAACACCAGUCUUUUCCCUUUGCAAACACUUAUAGAGGAGCCUCUUCCCAGCUUCUCUCUCCAGAUCAACAUCCCAGUGCUCUCUCUCUCCCUCAGUCUGCUCCUACUUAUAAUGGGGGCCUUGGUCAUAUUAGGGUUUAAACGAGGGAUUUACAGAAGAGCUUUAAAGACAGGCUGUUUGUCAGCCAAAGAGCCGCCCCACAUCAUCUAUGAGAUCCGCAUGAGGAGACCUGUGGAGGAGAACAUCUAUACUCUGGACUAGGGUGGAAGGGCCAGAGCACGGAUCUGUCCAAUAGACGGCUGUUAACAUGAUAGUGAGGACAGCCAGACUGAUGUCUGUGUGUCACUGUGUGGGUGCGUACCCAUAAGGCACCCUGUUCCCUAUAUAUUGCAUGACCUGGGGAAUAGGGAACAGGGUGCCUUAUGGGUACGCAGCCACACUGUGACACACAGACAUCAGUCUGGUUGUCUUCACUAUCCUUUAGCAGCCGUCUAUUGGACGGAUCACUGUUGCCUGACAGCUGCCUCAGAAUGAUCACCUCUCUCAGAGGCUCUACUUUCACUUAUGGUAUCUAUGGGAGUUUCCCUCCUGUGUAAAAUGGAUUCACUUUUUUAUAUAUUGUUAUUAUGUAGUGGUGUGGUGUUUUUUAGAUGCACAGUAUUGGUCGUUAUCACAAGCGGUCUAAUUUAUGCCUCUUUCUAAUAAAUAAAAAACGACCUAAAAGUAAACCCAACAGGUCAUUUUGUUCAUGAUUCAACAUUUUAGGCACAACUGAAUACAUGUAAGCGAAAUGUGUCUUCCGUAUUUAACCCAACCCCUCUGAAUCAAAGAGGUGCGGGGGGGGGGGGGGGGGGGCUACCUUAAUCGAUGUCAUCGUUGCCCGGGGAACAGUUGUUGUUUGCAGUUUACUAGCUUGCUCAAGGGCAGAACGUAAGAUUUUUCCACCUUGGCAGAUUUCUCUCAGGGAUUCAAACCAGCGACCUUUCGGUUACUGGCCCAACGCUCUUAAUCACUAGGUUACCUGCCACCCCUAUUAGUGUUUCUAGAGACUACUCACCUGUGAAAACGGAGUACAAAGAUCCUUCAGUCGUCUCUCUUUUAUAACAAAGGCAGAAGCAUGAUGAGAGCGGUAAAUGUGAUGUAUGCAAAAUUCUCCUGAUAAUUUUUGAUUCAUAGUCACUUAUUUUAAAGAUAAAUCAAUGGUCUCCUUUAUGAGUUUUAUACAUGUUUUAUGAUGACAGUGGUAGUAAAUUCUUGAUCAGCAUGAUUUAGCAUCAGGAGUCAGGACAUGACUAAAUGCAAUGCUAUAUUAUUUCUGCCCACAUGAUGGCAGCACUGUCUUAACUGAGCGUUUGGUAGGCUAUCAUUGUUUGUGCAAGUUUGUCUCCCUGUCAAAUUGAUGUCAAAACUGAAGGAUUUGUGUCACCCGGGGGAUAUUUUUCUUAGCUGUACAGCAGUUGUUGUUUUUUUACAUUCCCAUAUGCUUCCUUUUGCCAUGAACAUGAAAUCUCAUGAAGUCACUUCUGUUAGACUUUUGUAUGACAGUUGAGGAUAUUCACCCAAUAAAACUGUUUUAUGAUUCA